AUGGCCGAUCACAACGAUACUCAAGGUACGUAAGAAUAUCAUUUACCCUUGAUAAUUAAAAUUAAGCACUUGAUAUAAACAUUUUUUUUCAAUACUGAUUUUCCUCCUGGCUCAGUAUUGCUUUGCUAUAAAUACAUAUUAUAACACAAUCAUCGUGAAGAGUCAGCGUACGAGCCAUGAUACUAAAUACAAACGCUAUUCCAUAGUUCCCCCCAGAUAUCCCGGCUACCCGAUACAACCGUACCCACAAGAAAGGCCAACUUCCACGAGUGUGACUUUGCAAGUAAGCUCUUCAUUAAGUUAAAUUCAAUAAUUUCUUUGUACCUAACAGCAACGUUUUUAUACAAUCAAAAUGCCUAAUCUUUCUUUACUCACCACUAUUUUCGUAUUUUCAGCCCAAUUCAACAGCUCAGCCUCCUCGUCCAUGGAAUUGGCUGGCUGUAUCAAUUUUUACCACCUUGUUCUGUUGCUUACCAUGUGGUGUAUCAGCAAUUGUCUACAGUCGUAAGGUAAGAAAUAACCUUAAGUUGUUUUGUUCCCUCCACCAAGUUGUGAUGGGUCUAGGUAAGUGCUACACGGGAGGGAUUUGGCGCCCUGUUCAUUAAAGGCCCAUGUUCACCCUAAAUGCAUUGCGCGCCCUGCACUCCAGAAAAAAAAAAAAAAAUUCGCGUAGUAUCGUCACGCAACGCUCCUCAAAAGUGGAAGCCAAUCAAAACACUACAUCCUUGACAAAAAAAUCGUUACAAAACAAAAACACAAGCGCGCAAAGCCGUUUGGGUGAACAUUGGCCUUUAAAUUCAAGCCUAGCAGUUGUUUUAGAAAACAAAUCAGCGUACAAGAAAAGGCUAAUUUUUUAGUAUAUAGCUAGUUUAGAGCAGACCCUACCUUUACUUGAGCUUUGUACGUUCAAAAUUAUACUACACAUUGUUGCAGAAAACGUCUCGAGCCGUCACUUACGAACCGCGGCACAUAACACCCGUAAAGUAUUUUAGGGGAGUAACCCUGGCAGACAAGGUCAAAGACGGUUCGUUUAACUUAGCUACAAUUUAUGAAGUUUAACUUACCAAAACAAACCAGCAAAAACAAGUAAUAGCAGAAAAAUCUUACUGAGGUACUGUAUUUGUUGGUUCUCUCCCUUGCUCCGAAAGGUUUUUCUCUGGGUACUCCAUUUCAGUUGACCGAAGAAUCAGGUAGACGAAUGGCUGCUUGGUGGAUGUGCUACCUCUAAAUCGUUAUUAAUUAUUUUUUUUUAGGUGUAUCUUGCAUAAGAUACGUACGAAAAAUUUAAGUCAUGGUUGCCUCAGAUCUAUAUUGGCUACGGGUUCUGACAACACUUUAAAAAAGCCGAAAAAACUCAGUAAAAAUGCUGGGGAAACAGUCGUUAUUAUGCUAGUUCACCUAUGCCCCUUUUGGCUUUCCUAUUCUCGUUUACGCUUGCACAAUUAUUUGGGAUAAAUUUUCUUUGACUAGUUGACAAGCGCUGAAAUUACCAGAUAUUGCCACGUGACCUAGCCCCUAUUAGAGCGUUUUAGCAUCGACGACGGCGACGACUGCAAAAAACGUAACUUUUAAAACGAAUUAGCGUCCUUUCAAAUUCGCUGAAAAUAUCUGAUGUAGGCAAAUUUGCCUGGAGUUGAUUUCCUGGGGGCCGCACUCAAAUUUUAGAAAGAGAAAGAAAAUUCUGUCGUAACUUGUUUGCGUCCUCCAUGAAACGUGAAAUUAGGCAUUUUCACGUCGUAGUCGGGCAGCAACGGCAAAGAAAUGUGCAAAAAAGCGUGAAGCACAUGAUAGACAUAAACCUAUUUCUGUUCCAACGUCCUCGUUGCCGGCGCCUAUUAGCUGGCCCGGUUCAGACGCCAGACUUUUCAUGAGCCGAACCUAUAAAUUCGAAUAAAGGCCGACUCAAAUUGUUUAGACUGGCUGAAUUGAUUCAGGCGCCUUUGCAGUUGAGCAAAGUUCAAAAGGCGAAAAAUGCUAAUUUCCAGGUCAAACUGCUAACAAAAUACGUUAUAAUAAUUUAUGCAUUAGGUUCGGUACAUGAAAAGUUCGGCCUCUGAAUCAAAGCCGUUCCCGAAAAUCGUUCUCUCUCCCCUCCACGUGUCGCCUUUUCUCGCGUGGGGUGAUUUUCACGCGCGCUCUCGUUUCGCUCGCUCUACUAUCCCUAAGGAAAAAUGGGGGACUACUCGUAGUCUAGGCUAUGCGAAAAGAACGGCUGCGCCGUUCCAAAUUGAAACAGGCGUUCCUAAUUAAUUCAGCGCCGCACUUUCCACGGAUAGACUCUUGUCACGCGGCGGUCAUCCCAAGAGAUUAAAAGAGCUUUGUAUUUGCACGGCUUUCCUCGUUCUCAAUGCGAGGCUAGCCGUGCAAAAACAGGUUAACAUUAGAUCCUUUCGACCUUAGCCCCUUCGGACACCUCAUGAAAUUUACACAACAUAGUUUUCCUUAAAGUGGUAGUAGUAGUUAAGCACUGCCUUUACCGAUUAGGGUGAAGCACUGCCUUUUCUGAUUAGGGUGACGCACUGCCUUUUCUGAUUAGGUUUAAGCACCGCCUUUUCUGAAUAGGGUUAAGCACUGCCUUUUCUGAUUAGGGUUAAGCACUGUUUCGCAACUUGCUAAGUUCUUUUUUGGUUUGGGGUUGAUGCUAUACGUAAUUAAAUUAUUUCCCUUCCAUCCAUCAAAUCCUCAGUGGUCUAGUGGUUAGCAUGGUAUACUCGGUAUAUUGCUAUUCCCAACAAUUUUCUUUCUUUAAAAUUGAAUAGACUUGCACUUUCAUGAACAUUUCCUACUUGAAAUAUCACCCGAGUGUGAUAUAUACAGCUAUUUUGAGAAAGGUUGUCAGAAAAAGUACACGCGACAAUCCUGAAAGGUAUUGUCGGUGGUUUUGAUAGAUAGAUAGAUAGAUAGAUAGAUAGAUAGAUAGAUAGAUAGAUAGAUAGAUAGAUAGAUAGAUAGAUAGAUAGAUAGAUAGAUAGAUAGAUAGAUAGAUAGAUAGAUAGAUAGAUAGAAACUUUAUUAAAGUGUCAAAAGCCGUCUAGCCAGGGAAAAAAAGAAUCCCUUACUAAUUUGGGGACACCAAUUAGGGGAGAAUAUAAAAGGUAAAAACUAUAUACAGUAGUAGGUAAAAUAUCUAUAGUUAUCUUUGUUCUGCAAAGACAUUUGAGAGAAUGGCACGAGAGACUUAUAGACGUAUGUUUGCGAGUGCUAAAGGAAAGUGACAAAAGUAGUUUUGACAGCUACAGUGUCAGGAACUGAGUGAAUUGAUCGUAUCCCAUAUUACCUUUCGGGAUUGUCGCGUGCACAUUUUUUCCGACAACCUUUCUCGAAAGAGCUGUAUAAAAGCAGAAAACAGUUCUACCUUGUAUAAAUUUCGUGAAGUAAGGGAGAAAGAGGCUACGGCCGAUGGGAUCUAAUGCUGACCGCAAAAACAAUGUUUUUUUAAUCUCCUGGGACAAAAUGACCACGGCGUGACAAAGGUCUAUUAGGUUCGGUAAAGUUCAGCAUCUGAACCGGGCCUUAAACUGUGAAUGACCGUUUCACAUGAACUGGUACUGGAAAUGUCUGCAGUGCCGGGAAUGAUGUUUUUAUGAUUACAUAAUUUAUGCUCGUAUGAUUUUCUUUCUUUUUCUCUAGGUGGAUAGAGCAUACAAUGCUGGAAAUCACGAAGAAGCGGAGAAAAACGCAAAAACUGCUAAAUCGCUUAAUUUACUUUCGGUCAUAUCUGGUCUUAUCUUCAUCCCAUUAAUAGUCUAUUUGCGUGUGAAAGCGAUACAAGAACAAGAUAAUAGUUUUUAA